CAGAGCUUUCAGAGCUGGGAAGAAGCUCUAGAUGGCGGCUGAGCCUUGGGAAGGGUGCCAUGGGCUUUCGUCUCGCCCUUUUUCUCUUCCGCGUUUCGCCUAUGGCCACGUCUAUUUGAUCUCAAGUGAUGCUUAAUGCUUCGCGGUCGUUGUUUUUAGCGAAACCACUGCGUUUUCGGUCGUUUUUAUGCCGUUUUUUGCGCUCCGGAGCAGCCGUCUGUGCGGUGGGAGUGCUUGUCGUUGUUUUCCAUACAGAGCUCCGGCAGCCAUGGUGCGCCUCCAUUUUUAGUGCUGCUCGCCUCUGUCGUCUGACAGUGCAGGAGUCUGUUAGGGCCUACAGCCCAUUUCCAGCUGUAUUUUCUCAACAAAGUCGUUAUUUAAACUAGUAUUUUCGUAUGCUUUGGGGCUUUUUCCCGUUUUUUAUUUAAAACGGCGAUCGGCAGUUGUUAUGCUUUAUUUUCGGAGCUACCGCAUUUCUUCGAACGGAAUCGGUAUGUUUACAGUAAAUAUUGUUUGAAAUGACGAUAUUUUGAGCUUUAAGUCAAUUGUUCUUUUUUCCGUGUCUGAUGACGCAGUUAAAAUUAAUUGCAUGCGGCUCGACCCGUGCACCGAAAGUGAACGGACUUCCAGCACCUUGUUAGCAUUUUAGCUUUAUUUACAUGAGCCAUGUAAACAAACGACCCUUAUAUAUUUUUAUUUUCAAACACUUUCGUCGUGUGGUGCGGUUUGGGAUUUAACUGCCAGCUGCGCAGAAGCAAACCUUGAGAGACUUGAUAGUUCCUGACAACUUUUUUUUGGACAAUAAAUAUCUGGAGAUCGAGGACCAUCCUUUGGAGACACGAUUCCAGGAUUCUACAAUGAUGAAGAACAAAAGUAAAAAGCAGGAGGAUGAAGGGUCAACACGAAGCAAUGCAUCCAGCAAUUCCGCCUCAGAAGAGUCCAACCACUCCGCGUCGGACUCUGGAAGUCAGUCCGAGAGCGAACAUGGAAGCGAGAAGAGGAAGUCCCAUAACUCGGAGUCAAACAGCUCGUCUCAGUCGGAGUCCCGCUCCGAGUCAGAGAGCGAGUCUGCCGGGUCCAAGCAGCAAACCACUGAGGUCAAAGACAAGCCUCCAAGAAAGAAGGAGCGUCUGGCUGACGUGAAGAAGAUGUGGGAAGAGCACCCGGAUGUAUACGGUGUCAGACGGUCCAACCGCAGCAGACAAGAGCCAGCCCGUUUGAACAUCGGAGCUGGGGGAAGCAGUGACUCUGAGAGCGAGAGUCCAAAAAGAAAGUCGUCAAGAGUCAAGAAAAAAGAAAAUAUCUGGAAAGAUGACUCAAAUGAUACUGAUGACGAUGAUGAUGAUGAGGAGGAGGAGGAGGAAUCUGACAGUGAGCUGGAAGAGAAAAAAGUUAGAUCCAGACGACUCGCUGCAAGAAGGCCUCAGUCGAAAUCAUCCAGCAAAAAGCAGUCUCAGAAGGGGAAAAAGAAGAAGGUGGAGUCGUCCGCAGACGAAGAUGAUGAUGACGAUGAGGACGACGAUGAGGACGACGAAGAUGAUGAUGAUGACGAUGAUGAGGACACUCCAAAACGACAAACUCGUAAAAGAGGCGCAACUAAAGUCAAAAGCUACAAAGAGGAUCAGCACGACUUUGAAACAGACUCGGACGACCUCAUUGAAAUGACUGGCGACGCCUGUGAGGAGCAGCAGGACGACGACAGUGAGACCAUCGAGAAGGUGCUGGACACCAGGACCGGCAAAAAAGGGGUGACUGGCGCUUCAACGACAGUGUAUGCUGUGGAGGAGAACGGCGACCCCGGUGAGGGCUUCGACCCGGAGAAGGACGAGGGAGAGACUCAGUAUUUGAUCAAGUGGAAGGGCUGGUCCUACAUCCACAACACAUGGGAAAGCAUCGAGUCGCUGACUCAGCAGAAAGUUAAAGGAAUAAAGAAGCUCGACAAUUUUAAGAAGAAAAAUGACGAGCUCAACGCAUGGUUGAGAAAAGCGUCGCCGGAGGAUGUUGAGUUUCACAACUGUCAGCAGGAGCUCUUGGCUGACUUGAACAAGCAGUUCCAGUUUGUGGAGCGAAUAAUAGCAACAAAAACAGGAAAAACUCCAGGGUCAUCAGAUUUUCCAUCUCACAGUCACAAGAUGCCGUCCUCCAACGAACCCGAGUAUCUGUGCAAGUGGAUGGGUUUGCCGUAUUCUGAGUGCAGCUGGGAAGACGGAGCACUGGUUAAGAAGAAGUUCCAGCACUGCAUAGACAGUUUUUUGAGCCGCAACUCCUCCAAAACAGUUCCCUCGAAAGACUGCAAGGUGUUGAAACAAAGGCCGAGGUUUGUCGCGCUGAAGAAGCAGCCGUCGUAUAUUGGCGACGAGAACCUGGAGUUGAGGGACUACCAGCUGGCUGGGUUGAACUGGUUGGCUCAUUCCUGGUGCAGGUGCAACAGUGUCAUCUUGGCUGAUGAAAUGGGCUUGGGAAAGACCAUCCAGACAAUCUCCUUCCUGUCCUACUUGUUCCAUCAGCACCAGCUUUAUGGGCCAUUUUUAGUUGUGGUGCCUCUGUCCACACUCACCUCCUGGCAGAGGGAAUUUGGCACUUGGGCUCCUGACAUCAAUGUGGUGGUCUACCUCGGUGACGUCAUGAGCAGGAAGACGAUUCGGGACUACGAGUGGGUCAACCACCAAACCAAAAGGAUUCGCUUCAAUGCACUUUUGACCACGUAUGAAAUCCUCUUGAAGGACAAGGGCGUGCUCGGGAACAUCAACUGGGCCUUCCUGGGGGUGGACGAGGCUCACCGGCUGAAGAACGACGACUCCCUGCUGUACAAAACACUGAUGGAGUUCAGGUCCAACCACCGACUCCUCAUCACCGGUACUCCUCUGCAGAACUCCCUCAAAGAGCUCUGGUCUCUCUUGCACUUCCUCAUGCCCGACAAGUUCGACUCGUGGGAGGAUUUCGAAGACGACCAUGGGAAAGGUCGUGACAACGGUUACCAGAGUCUCCACAAGGUCCUCGAGCCCUUCCUCCUCCGGCGUGUUAAGAAAGAUGUGGAGAAAUCGUUGCCCGCUAAAGUGGAGCAGAUCCUCCGGGUAGACAUGACGGCGCAACAGAAACAGUUCUACAAGUGGAUUCUAACAAGGAAUUACAAAGCUCUUUCGAAAGGGACCCGAGGCAGCUCCUCCGGCUUCCUCAACAUUGUUAUGGAGCUGAAAAAAUGCUGCAAUCACAGUUUUCUCAUCAAACAACCGGAGGUGGAAGAGUUGGAGGUGCAAGACCACCUGCAGAACCUGGUGAAGGGCGGGGGGAAGCUGGUGCUGCUGGACAAGCUGCUGACCAGACUCAGAGAGCGAGGCAACAGGGUCCUGAUCUUCUCCCAGAUGGUCAUGAUGUUGGACAUUCUGGCAGAAUAUCUUGCAAAGAAGCGCUACCCUUUCCAGCGACUGGAUGGGUCUAUUAAAGGAGAAAUCCGAAAGCAAGCACUUGACCACUUUAAUGCUGAAGGCUCUGAGGACUUCUGCUUCUUACUGUCCACAAGAGCUGGAGGCUUGGGUAUAAACUUGGCCUCAGCAGACACCGUAGUCAUCUUUGACUCCGACUGGAACCCUCAGAACGACCUGCAGGCGCAAGCCAGAGCUCACCGGAUCGGCCAAAAGAAACAGGUGAACAUAUAUCGGCUGGUCACCAAAGGGACGGUAGAAGAGGAUAUCAUUGAGAGAGCGAAGAAAAAAAUGGUCCUGGAUCAUCUGGUCAUCCAGAGGAUGGACACGACCGGACGGACAGUACUUGACAGCAACUCUGGGAGCACAAAUUCCAACCCUUUCAACAAAGAGGAGCUGACGGCUAUCCUCAAGUUUGGUGCAGAAGAUCUCUUCAAAGAGACUGAAGGAGAAGAGUCUGAGCCACAGGAGAUGGACAUCGAUGAAAUCCUGCGGCUAGCUGAAACCAGAGAGAGUGACCAGGGCCAGAGCGCCACGGACGAGCUUCUCUCGCAAUUUAAAGUGGCUAAUUUCUCCAGCAUGGAAGAAACCUCUCCGGACUUGGAGGAAAAGCCAUCACGGGACUGGGAUGAAAUCAUCCCGGAGGAGCAGCGUCGCAAAAUUGAGGAGGAGGAGAAGCAGCGGGAAAUGAACGUUUUCAUGCUGCCUCGGAGCCGCAGUUCCAACAAGCGGGCCCAGGCCAACGAAAGUGACAGUGACGUGGGCUCCAAGUUGAAGAACCGCUCGUCUGGCUCAGACAGCGAGUCGGACGACAGCGAUGACGACAAGAAGCCGAAGAGACGAGGCCGACCCCGGGCACGGAAGAACAACGUCGAGGGAUUCACCGACACUGAGAUCCGCAGGUUCAUCAAGGCAUACAAGAAAUUUGGAUCUCCUCUUGAAAGGUUGGAGGCCGUCGCCCGUGACUCUGAGCUGGUGGAUAAAUCCAUCGCAGACCUGAAGAGACUCGGAGAACUGAUUCACACCAGCUGCUUGGCUGCAGUGCAGGAGCACGAGGAGCAGAUGAAAGAGAAUCCCGUCGAAGCCAAAGGUCCCGGUAAACGUCGAGGUAUCAACAUCAAGAUCUCAGGAGUGCAGGUCAAUGCCAAAACCAUCAUCCAGCACGAGGAGGAGUUCGAGCCCCUGCACAAAGCCAUCCCCCCAAACCCAGAAGAGAGAAACAAGUUCAAGUUGACGUGUCGGGUGAAGGUGGCCCACUUUGAUGUGGACUGGGAUCUGGAGGACGACACUCAGCUGCUGCUCGGCAUCUAUGAGCACGGGUUUGGCAACUGGGAUCUGAUCAAGACCGACCCAGAGCUCAAGCUUGCUGAGAAGAUUCUACCUGACGAUCCAAGCAAGAAGCCUCAGGCCAAGCAGCUGCAGGCGAGAGCCGAGUAUCUUCUGAAGCUGCUGAAGAAAGAGCAGGACACAGAUGCAUCGAAAACCGGGGAAGAGGUCAAAGUGAAGAAGAGGAAGCCUCGUGUGCGAAAGGAAAAGGCCCUGAAAGACGAACAAGGCAACGAGAUUUCGUCCCCUCGCCUGUCGGACAACCCGUCGGAGGAGGGCGAGGUCAAGCAGGACGGAGGCACGGAGAAGUCGCCUGCAAAAAAGAGACAACGGAAAAAGGACAACAAGGAAAACAAGGAGAAGCAAGGAACCCCCAAGAAAGAGAAAGAUGGGGACAAGGAGAAGAAAGCUGGCAAGCCCAGGAAAGAGAGGGCGAAAGCUGCCAAAUCCAAGAAGACUCAAGGGCCGGUGCACAUCACUGCCGGCUCUGAACCGGUCCCCAUCGAAGGAAAGGAAGAUGAUGAACUGGACCAGGAGACUUUCGGCAUUUGCAAGGAGCGAAUGCGGCCGGUGAAAACGGCUCUGAAGCAGCUGGACAAACCGGACGAAGGCCUGUCGGACCAGGAGCAGCUGCAGCACACACGCACGUGUCUGCUAAAGAUCGGCGACCGGAUCACAGAGUGCCUCAAGGCGUACCACGACCCGGAGCAUGUGAAGACAUGGCGACGGAACCUGUGGAUUUUUGUGUCCAAGUUCACCGAGUUCGGAGCCAAGAAGCUGCACAAGCUGUACAAACUGGCCCUGAAAAAGCGAUCGCACGAAGAAGAGAAGGACCACAAGAAGAAGGAGGACCCGGGGCGGGCCAAGUCUUUCAGACCCGACACGUCUGGUUCCAGUCGGGACUCUUCUGGUGCGCAGCAGACCUCGAAGCUGGGCUCCCACCCGGGCCAGUCGGCCCACCACAGAGAGCCCUACAACAUGGCUAACAAGCGCCACUUUGGCAACGACGACCGGGGCGACUGGCGCAGCGACCGCAAGUACAACUACCAAGGCAACAGCAGCCAGCCGUGGCAGGGAGAGCGCCACCACCCGUACGAUCAGCAUCGAUACAAGGACCACUACAACGAUCGGCGCCCGCACGGGGAUCAGUACCGCAGCUCGGGCGGGUACCGCAACAACGUCUCCCCUCGGAAGAGGCCGUACGACCAGUACAACAACGACCGGGACCACCGGGGGCAUCGGCCCUACUACGACAGGCAUCAGGACAGCAAAAGGCGACGUCCAGAUGAGUUCCGUCCCACCUACCACCCAGGCAGGGACGGGCCCCCGCAGGACUACAGGAGGCUGCCCGAUCACAGGCAAGCGGGACCGCCCGGACCGGAACACUACGCUCGGCCCUUCCAGCCUGAUAAGCCCCCGCUGGACCCUCGCUCUCCGCCGGUGCAGAAGUCCCCUCAGGACACGCGCUCGCCCCCGGAGCGACCCACGGAACCAAGUGCUGCCCCGGACUCUAACUGGAGCAACAGGAAAGCUUGACUUGAGAGAGAGUGGUUUCGCUAUCAUGUGCGAAACGAAGCGCACGCCGCCACCGCAGGCGAUUCCUGGACCCGCCAGUCAUAAGCUGAACUAUGGAAGAGACUUUUGGACGUGAAUCAUUUGUGCCGCACAGGAAGAGUAUGAUGUCUUCUGCCGCCAUGAUGAAGAACUUUGACGAGCAAAUCCACAUUGGAGGUUUUAGUCCCAUGGACUAUCGGACGAUUUAGGAUGUUUGGAACCAUGACUCGAUCCUAAAAGUGCCUGAAGGUCUUUUUUUUUUUUUUUCUUUCUGGACAUUGAACGAUUGAUUCCUGAAAUAAUCUUGACAGACGUUUUCGUGUCAAGCUGUGUGAACAGAGGAUUGUGUCACAGGAUCACCUGCACCUUCUCACGUUGACCUGAACGGGAGUUUCACGCACCGUGUGUACAGAUACAGACAAGCCUGUAUAAGUGUAGCUACUUCUACCACUCGGUCGGCCAAGCGACGUUCGCAGUAUUUAUGACCGCGGUAACACUAAGACUUUUCAGUAUUAUUGUCGGAAAAGGUUGUUCACUGUGUCCCACCGAGCUCCGUCGGUAUUCUGUUGCAAUAGUAUCAUGCAUGUUGCUACGCUCGCCGCCGCCGGCGUUUUUAGGACUCCCAAGCUCCGCCCCCCGUGCCAAAUUAGCCCUGCUGUGAUCUUUAUUUCAUGCGUUUCCAUUUGUGCCUUAUUUAUGUUUCCAUGCUUUGGGUUUGAGUCGGGGCAGAACCAGGAGUCUGGUAUUAGACGUGCGGAGGUUUCCCCCAAACGGCCAAACUGCUGCUGAGCAAAGGGACCACGAGUGUGUAAAUGUGUCGCCCAGGUGUUUCAUGAGCGGCAGAGUGGCCGAUCAUUUCAGAGAAAUGGUGCGUGUUCGUUGGAACUGUUACACUCAACAGCCAUCCAGUUCCAGGUGGAGCCGGCGUCACUUCAUGUAUCAUAGUAGAAGAUUCGGAAUAAUUUAUAUUUGUGACAAAAACCACUCUUUGAGAAAUGUGCUGUGCAUAUGUUUGGACAUAUGUAAUAAACUUUGUUACACAA